GCCAGGCUGCUCCGGGCUGGUCUGGGUGGGCGCCGGGCGGAGGCGCGGGGCGUGUCCCCAUCAGAAGUCAUGCUCGGCAGGUCCGGGUACCGGGCGCUGCCUUUGGGGGAUUUUGAUCGCUUCCAGCAGUCGAGCUUUGGCUUUCUGGGCUCGCAGAAGGGCUGCUUGUCCCUAGAGCAGGGCGGCGUGGGGCCGGGGGCCGAUGCACCCCAAAGCUGGCCCUCCUGCCUCUGCCAUGGCCUCAUCAGUUUUCUGGGCUUCUUGCUGCUGCUGCUCACUUUCCCUGUUUCCGGCUGGUUUGCCGUGAAGAUUGUGCCCACCUAUGAGCGGAUGGUCGUGUUCCGUCUGGGCCGGAUACGCACCCCUCAGGGGCCUGGCAUGGUUGUGCUUCUUCCCUUCAUCGACUCCUUUCAGAGGGUGGAUCUGAGGACCCGAGCCUUCAACGUCCCUCCCUGCAAGUUGGCCUCUAAGGAUGGGGCUGUGCUAUCUGUGGGGGCUGAUGUCCAGUUCCGCAUCUGGGACCCAGUGCUGUCAGUGAUGGCUGUGAAGGAUCUGAACAUGGCCACACGCAUGACAGCUCAGCACGCCAUGACCAAGGCCCUGCUCAGGAGGCCACUGCGGGAGAUUCAGAUGGAGAAGCUCAAGAUCAGCGGCCAGCUCCUGCUGGAGAUCAAUGACGUGACCAGGGCCUGGGGGCUGGAGGUGGACCGUGUGGAGCUAGCAGUAGAGGCUGUACUGCAGCCGCCCCAGGACAGCUGUGCUGGGCCCAGCCUGGACAGCACCCUCCAACAGCUGGCCCUCCACUUGCUGGGAGGAGGUGUGAGCUCUGUGGCAGGAGGUGCCCUGCCCCCAGGGCCAGACACCCUGGAGAUGGUGAGUGAAGUGGAGCUGCCUGACCCUCACAUUGGGGUUGUGCCCAACCUGAAGCAGCCCAUGGCCGAGGGGCUGCUGACCGCCCUGCAGCCCUUCCUGUCUGAGGCCCUGGUCAGCCAAGUUGGGGCCUGCUACCAGUUCAACGUCAUCCUGCCCAGUGGCACCCAAAGCAUCUACUUCCUGGACCUCACCACAGGACGAGGCAGAGUGGGACAUGGGGCACCCGAUGUCGUCCCUGACGUGGUGGUGGAGAUUGGUGAGGCAGACCUGCAGGCCCUGUUGUGCAGGGAGCUUCGGCCCUUGGGGGCCUACAUGAGUGGGCGGCUGAAGGUGAAGGGUGACCUGGCUGUAGCCAUGAAGCUGGAGGCUGUCCUCAGGGCCCUGAAGUAGCUGUCUUGGUUGA